UGCUGCAUCUAUGUUGUUCUAACACGCGCUUUCUAUAUAGUAGGCGAGGAGAUGAGUCCAGUAUGGAUGAAAAAGAAUCACAAUGGAAGGACAAAGCUGUCAUUUACAAAACCUCCCCUUUUUUAAGGUUGUCUCUCUCUCUCUCUCUCGCAAAGCUCUCUGCUCUACCUGUACAUUUAAUAACACGCAUAUAUAAAGUAUCAUAUACUAUAUUAUGUGCAAUACACAUAUAUAUAUAUAUAGAGUAAUAGAGGCUUUGCUAUAGCUUGUGGGGUUUAAAUAUAUAGUAUAUAAAUAGCCUAACAUCACCGCCUUCAUCUAAUUCAUUAUAUAUUAAAACCUUCGAUCUUUAUCUCUCUUUCUCUCUGGAUUUAAUUAAUUUAGAAAGAAAAUAUAUAAGAAAAGAUUGUGAAGAUCAUGGAGAGAGUGUGUUGCAUGUGCGGCGACGUAGGUUUUCCCGACAAGCUCUUCAUCUGCGGUCACUGCCGCAGUCGCUUCCAACACUCUUACUGCAGCAACUACUACAGUGAGUUUGCUGAGCCUACCGAGAUUUGCGACUGGUGCCGGAGCGACGGUCGGAAGCUGAGCAACGUUGCUACACAUGAUGGCGGUUCUUCUUCAAAGAAGUCUUCUUCUUCAUCCUUAAAUAAUUUUGAACAUGAUGAGUUCACAAACCGAUCGGACUAUUCGUCCCGCGGUCGAAUCAAGCAUAACAAUAACCGUCAUGAUCAAGUGGCCAAGAGCGUCGCCGGAUCUGGAGGCGGAGCGCCGUCGCCUAGGACGGCGACACGAAGGUACAAGCUUCUCAAAGAUGUCAUGUGUUAGUUUCAAACUAAACAAAAGGCAUAAUUACAAUAUUUAAAUUAAUUAUAAUAAUCUUUGGAGCUGUGUGACUUUUAAAUUAUUUAGCCCACGACCUUUUCUCUCAUCCUUUACUCUUCUGUAUUUAUUCUUUACUAUAUAAUAGUAUAUAAAAUGAAUGUGUGUUUGGCGUGAGUUUGUGUUUUCUUA